AUGUGGGCUGCGCUUUCGGCGCUCCUUUGGCAAUGCCUCGCCACAGAGCCAGCAGCGCCUGACUCGGCAUGUCUGCUCCAGAAGAGGAUAGAAGAAGUCGAACAAGCGGCAGAAGCGGGCAGAUCCGCUAGCUUGGCGCUCUCCAACAGCAUCACGGAGCUGGCUGAAUCCCUUGAAGAGGGCGAGACGAAGGAGUUCCUGCGCUCCUUUCGCAUCUGCGGUGGCUGCAAAAAGUUCAAGCGGUUUGGAGAGGACCACGACGGCGGUUACCUCUCCUGCGUCGACCACAUGGCUCGCGGCGAUGUCAAGGCGGCAUAUUCCAUGGGUGUUGAAGGACAUGAUCGCUGGUCGGAGGACGUCCACGAGAGCUUUGGAGUGCCGGUCUUCCAGUACGACUGCACAGUGGAGAAAGCUGCACAGGACUGUGACAACUGCAAGUUCUUCCAAGCUUGCUUGAAGGGGAACAAUGGCAAGGGUGGCUUUGCUGGAAAAACGAGCUGGACCUUGAAGGAGGCUGUGAUCAAGUCUGGCCAGAAAUUAGAGGAGCUACCUCCGCGAUCUCUUCUGAUGAAGAUGGACAUCGAAGGGUCCGAAUGGCCGACUCUUAGAACUUCAAGCACUCUGACCUUGACCAAGUUUCGACAGAUCCUCAUGGAGUUUCAUGACCUCGGAGACGAAACUCGCCACAAAGAGUUUCUGAACACCAUGCGAAAGCUGCAGGCCUCAGGCUUCAAAGUGGUCCAUCUUCACGGCAACGACUUCAGCCCGCCUUACACCAAGAACGGCUUCUCCAUCCCAUCAGCCCUUGAGGUGUCUUUGGAUGCGAUGGUAGACACCAUGGAUUCAUGCCUCGUCGACGAGACUCGAGAUCGUCUUGACCAGACCAACAGGAAGAAAGUCCGCGACGGCCAUGAUCUUCCUUUGGCACACCUCCCGCAGUAG